AUGUCUCCGUGUUCGAUGUUGUUGAAGCGCGUGGCUAGGCCUCCGGCCGCCAUGAUGUGCAGAUCGGUUCGGCCUCGGUGGACUCCGUCCUUCGGUGUCCCAAGCAGGACAAUUCAUCCCUUGCGAUCGGUCCCGAAUUCGCUCUCUCGCUCGCUGAGUACGACAGCCGCCACUCGGCUCGAAGGCUUCCCCCCCCAGGUCGAGAAUGCCACCUCAAUUCCUUCCUCUGAGACUCCCUCCGAGAAGCGGACGCCGCAAACCUUGACCGAGAAGAUUGUACAACGCUAUGCUGUCGGUCUCCCCGAAGGAAAGCUCGUUCGGAGCGGCGACUAUAUCAGUCUUGCCCCCGGGUACUGCAUGACUCACGAUAACUCGUGGCCCGUCGCCCUCAAGUUCAUGUCUAUGGGAGCUAAGAAGGUCAACGAUCCAAAGCAGAUCGUCAUGACCCUGGACCACGACGUGCAAAACACUAGCGCGGCGAACCUUAAGAAAUAUGAGCAGAUUGAGACUUUUGCUAAGCAGCAAGGUAUCGACUUCUAUCCUGCGGGCCGGGGUAUUGGGCACCAGAUUAUGGUCGAAGAAGGAUACGCGUGGCCGGGUAGCAUGGCGGUAGCCUCAGACAGCCACAGUAACCAUUAUGGUGGAGUUGGUUGCCUUGGAACCGCUGUUGUGCGAACCGACGCUGCUAGUAUUUGGGCAACGUCGCGGACAUGGUGGCAGAUUCCUCCUGUUGCACGGGUAACGUUCACCGGAACGCUACCAGUAGGUGUGACAGGUAAGGAUGUGAUUGUCGCAUUGUGUGGUCUCUUCAAUAGUGAUGUACUCAACCAUGCGAUCGAGUUCACCGGCUCCGAAGAGACUAUGUCAAGCCUUCUUGUGGAUAGUCGCCUCACGAUUGCCAAUAUGACGACUGAGUGGGGCGCCCUCACCGGCCUCUUCCCUAUUGACAACACACUGAAACGCUGGCUGCGAUACAAGGCUACCGAGGCUGCGAUGUCUGACGACCGCACAACCCGGGAGCGUAUCACGCACGAAAGGAUCGACGAGCUUUACGCGAACCCGCUUACAGCUGACCCCGAUGCGCAGUACGCCAAGCAACUCUACCUCAAUCUCUCUACUCUCUCGCCUUACGUCUCAGGUCCCAACUCCGUUAAGGUCGCAACACCACUCAACGAGCUCGUCCAACAGGAUAUCAAAGUCAACCGCGCUUAUAUCGUCUCUUGCACCAACUCGCGUGCUUCUGACCUCGCGGCCGCCGCUAAGGUCUUCAAGGACGCCGCCAAGGCUAACCCCGACACGACCCCCAAGAUUGCCGACGGUGUCAAACUCUAUAUCGCGGCUGCUUCCGUGCCCGAACAAGAGGCUGCCGAAUCCACCGGCGACUGGCAGGCUCUCCUCGAUGCUGGUGCCCAGCCCCUUCCUGCUGGUUGUGGACCUUGCAUUGGCCUCGGAACAGGUCUUCUAGAGCCCGGCGAGGUUGGCAUCAGUGCCAGUAACCGUAACUUCAAGGGUCGCAUGGGCUCCAGAGACGCUCUCGCAUACCUUGCAAGUCCCGAAGUCGUGGCUGCCAGCGCUCUCAGCGGCGUUAUCACUGGCCCCGGCUCUUACCAGGUGCCCGAGGGCUGGUCUGGCGUUGAACACGGAUUCGGCACCGGUCUCGAACCUACUACCGAGAACGAGCUCACCACCCUACUCCAACAGAUGGAAUCUCUGAUCGAUCGGGUCGAGUCCGCUGGAGCCGAGGACAAGCCUGCUACCGAGAUUCUGCCAGGAUUCCCCGAGCGCAUCAGCGGUGAGAUCGUCUUCCUCGAUGCCGACAACCUCGACACUGAUAGCAUCUACCCCGGUAAAUUGACCUACCAAGACAACGUCUCCAAGGAGGAUAUGGCCACUGCUUGCAUGCAGAACUACGAUCCCGAGUUCAAGGGCAUUGCCAAGCCAAGUGACAUCCUCGUCGCCGGCUUCAACUUCGGUUGUGGUUCCUCACGAGAACAGGCUGCCACUGCCAUUCUGGCAAAGGAGAUUCCUCUCGUCGUCGCUGGCAGCUUCGGAAAUAUUUUCUCCCGAAACAGCAUCAAUAACGCGCUCAUGGGCCUUGAAGUCCCACGUCUUGUUGAGCGUUUGCGUGCCAGCUUCGCUCAGCCCGCCUCUGGUGAUGUCGCUGGCCGCCAGCUGACGCGCCGCACAGGCUGGACUUUGACCUGGGACGUGAAGCGUAGCAUCGUCGAAGUCAAGGAGGGUGAGUCGGGAGAGACUUGGACUGAGCAGGUCGGCGAGCUGCCGGCCAAUGUACAGGAGAUCAUCGCGGAAGGUGGCCUCGAGGCGUGGGUUAAGGGCAAGGUUGCUGAGUCCGGGUGA